CCCGCGGCGCGUCCGGGAAGCCUCGCGCCCUCCGCCCGGCCCGGCCUGCCCUCCCCCGCCGGACCCGCGGCGCCCCUCCCCGCUUUUGUGUGCCCGUCUGACCGCGCGCGGCCGGAGAGGAGGUAGAGGCCGGCCGCGGCAGCGAAGCCAUUGGGGCUGCGGAGCCAGAGGUCGCGCGGCUGGCCGGCCGGGGAGGGCGAUGCCCGGAGAGCCCGCCGUUGUUCGCUGUUAAAUGGCGCCCCGCCGGAGCCCUGGCCUCGCCGCCGCCGCCGCCCUCUUCCUGCUCGCCGCCCUCCCAGGGGUCAGGAGCUUCAGUGAACUGUUUUUCGUAAAAGAGCCUCAAGACGUGACCCUGGCCAGAAAGCAGGCGGUGGUUUUGGACUGCCUGGCCCGAGGGGAGGUCCCCAUCACCAUCACCUGGCUUAGAAACGGAGUUACGGUUUCUGAGAACGAACAGAUCCACUCUCUGUCCAACGGCUCUUUAUUUAUACGGGAGCCGGAGAGCGGCAAGCCAGGCGAAAGGCCGGACGAAGGCGUCUACCAGUGCUUGGCCCUGAAUAAACACGGCGCUGUUCUCAGCCAGAAAGCGCAUCUCACCUUUGCAACCCUCUCUGCCUUUGAAGUCCAGCCCCUCCCCACGGAAGUCCAUGAAGGGGGCGUGGCUAGAUUUGCCUGCAAAAUUCCAGCCCACCCUCCAGCCAUCAUCACCUGGGAGGUGAAUGGGACAGCGCUGCUAAUGGAGACGGACAGGAUAACUGCGCUGCCCUCCGGAGUGCUACAGAUCUAUAGUGUUGAGCCAAAAGAUGCAGGGAGUUACUCUUGUGUUGCUACAACAGUUGUCGGCCGGCGGAGGAGUGGCGAGGCUAAACUCACCGUUGCGCCAGCUACCAAUACCAAGCUCUUCCAUAAGCCAUCCAUUAUAGCUGGCCCCCAAAAUAUGACAGCUUCUCUCCACCAAACAGUCAUCUUUGAGUGUGUGGCCAUCGGGAAUCCAAAACCAAUUGUGUCCUGGAGUCGCCUUGACCACAAGUCCAUCGAUGUUUUCAACACACGGGUGCUUGGAAAUGGGAACCUCAUGAUCUCGGACGUGAAGGUACAACAUUCUGGUGUGUACGUUUGCCGUGCUACGAUCCCUGGCACACGCAACUUCACCACUGCAAUGGCAGCACUGCUGGUGUUAGCCCCCCCUGCCUUUGUGGAGUGGCCGGAGAGCUUGACCAGGCCCCGAGCUGGCACAGCCCGUUUUGCCUGCCAGGCAGAAGGCAUUCCGACACCCAAGAUAUCCUGGCUGAAGAAUGGCCGGAAGAUCCAUUCCAACGGCAGAAUCAAAACCUACAGCAGUAAAUUGGUGAUCAACCAGAUCAUCCCUGAAGACGAUGCCAUCUACCAGUGUGUGGCUGAGAACAGCCAAGGGUCUGUCCUUGCCAGGGCACGCCUGACGGUGGUCCUCUCCGAAGACCGGCCCAGCGCCCCUUGCCACGUCCACGCAGAAACCAUGUCCAGCUCGGCCAUUCUCUUGGCCUGGGAGAGGCCGCUCUAUAAUUCAGACAAAGUCAUCGCCUACUCGGUGCACUACAUGAAGGCGGAAGGCUUAAACAAUGAAGAAUACCAAGUGGUGAUUGGAAAUGACACCACCCACUAUAUUAUUGAUGACUUGGACCCUGCCAGCAACUACACCUUCUACGUGGUGGCCUACAUGCCCCUGGGGGCCAGCCAGAUGUCUGACCACGUCACUCGGCCUACCCUGGAAGACGUGCCGCUGAGGGCUCCCGAGCUCAGCCUGACCAGCAGAACCCCCUCCGACGUCCUCAUCUCCUGGCUGCCCAUCCCGGCCAAGUACCGGCGAGGGGAGGUGGUGGCCUUCCGCCUUUCCUUCCGCCUCAGCACGGAGAGCAGCAUCCAGGGGCUGGAGCUCCCGGGGACCACCUACGAAUACCUGCUCCGGGGGCUGAAGCCCGACAGCAUCUACUUGGUUCGCAUUUCUGCUGCCACGAAAGUUGGUUGGGGCGAGGCCUCUCUGUGGACUUCCCAUCGCACCCCAAAAGCCACCAGUGUCCAAGCACCAAAGUCUCCCGAAUUGCGCCUGGAGCCUCUCAACUGCACAGCAAUCACCGUGAAGUGGCAGCAAGAGCUGGCAGACGUGGCCGCCGUCCAAGGCUACAAGCUGUACUAUAAGGAAGAAGGCCAGCAGGAGAGCGGGCCAAUUCUGCUCGGGGCCAGCGAUUCCACCUACACCAUCGGCGGCCUGGAGCCCAGAAGGAAGUACCACUUGAGGCUGCUGGCGUACAACAGCAUGGAGGAAGGCUACGAGGCAGACCAGACCGUCAGCACCGCCAGCUGCGUGUCUGUCCGGGACCGCCUGGUGCCCCCCCCUCCGCCCCCCCACCACCUUUAUGCCAAAGCCAACUCUUCUUCCUCCAUCUUCCUGCACUGGGGACGGCCUGCCUUCACUUCGGCGCAGGUCAUCAACUACACCCUGCGCUGUCACCCCGUGGGGCUGCAGAAUGCGUCUCUGGUGCUCUACCUUCAAACGUUAGAGACUCACCUGAUGGUCCAAGGACUGGAGCCAAAUACCAGAUACGAAUUUGCCGUUCGGCUGCAUGUGGAUCAGCUCUCCAGCCCAUGGAGUCCAGUGGUUUACCACACCACCCUGCCAGAAGCCCCAGCGGGUCCACCCCUGGAAGUGAAGGCCACGCUGAUUGAGGAAGACACGGCCUUGGUCUCCUGGAAGCCACCAGCUGGCAUCAGAACCGUCGUCUCCCGUUACACCAUCUUGUAUGCCUCCAGACAAGCUUGGAUCGCAGGCGAGUGGCAUGUCCUGCAUCGGGAAGGGACGAUAACCAUGGCUUUACUAGAGAACCUCAGGGUGGGGAGUAUCUACCUCAUCAAACUCGCUGCAUCCAACGAAGUGGGCGAAGGGCCUUUUUCCAGCACGGUGGAACUUGCGGUCCGGCCAAAGGAGGCAAACCAAAGACCAAAACGCCUGGAUUCCGCGGAGGCCGACACAACUCGUUCUGGUUCUUACCAGUUGGACCCGAGGUCCAUGACGGGCAUAAUUGCAGGGGUCUCCAUUGCCCUGGUGUGCAUUUUGGUCUGCAUCCUCAUCCUGAUCUACCGUGGCAAAGCAAGGAAAGCCGCCCCUUCCAAGAGCAGCCAGCCCAGCCCUGACCCGCUCCCUGGCAGUGGCAGCCAGUCUUCUGCAAGGAGCCCCGUGGGAGCCAAGGCUCUUCAAAGCCUGGCAGAGAAUGAGCGGUCACUCUUGCCCAGGAUGACAGGGGGAGGCUUUCUGGAUGCCAAGGGUGGAACUGACCUCGUUAUAAACCGCUUUGGCCCAGUCAUGAAGAAGAGAGCCCAGAAGAAACGGCUCUUCCUCCGUGGCUCUUGGAAGGAGGAAGCAGAGGAGGCCCCGAGGCAGCUGGCCUCAGCAGCCUUCCUGUACCGGCCAGGGACAGCCGUGCUCACUGGCGAAGAGCUGCAGCCAUGUGCCCGAGUGAUCUGCAGCCUGGGAACUGACGCCGAGCAUUCAGCCAACAGCCAAGGCAGCCACGAGACGGGGGAUUCGGGAAGGUUCUCCCACGAGUCCAACGAGGAGCUGCACCCCCCUCCCGGCUUUGGGGCUGCAGAUUCCUUCCCAGGCAGCUGUCCUGUCCCUGGGCCUCUCCAGCCGCCACUGGCUGCCAAUGGCAGCGGGGGGACAUUUUUCAGGGAACAAUGAACUGGGAGGCCAAGCUUUCAAUGGGCUGCCUGAGGACCAGCAGGCGACCCGUGUUUCCACUGCCUCUUCGUAUUUCCCUUCCCGAGUGAAUGUCCAGUGUGCAAAAAUGUGAAAGGAGGGCAGGGUGGCUCUCCUCUCUGUCACUGGAGCAAAGGUGCCCCCUUUGCUUGGAUAUCUACCUCAGCUUGCCAAAGCAGACGCCAAAGGAAGCAACCGCACUACCUCAUUUGCUGUGUGAAAGUAUUGCUUGUGGCUGCAGGGCUGGCGAUCCUGGCAGCCCCGAGUCCUUUCCCUGAAUGUAUGGAGAGCCAGCGUGUGCCUGGGAGCCAAGGAGUUGUGUUGGGAAGCAGAGGGAGCUGCCCCACUGGCUUUGGGCAGAAGGAUCCCCAAAAGAGGGUCACUCCAAGGGCCAGCAGGGCAGAGGCAGCAGGUAGCUCUGGGGCCACCCGGGGGCCACCCCAGCCCCAGGGUCCCACCUGCCUUGUCAGUGCCUUCUUCUGGAGUCCGCAGCUGGGGAGACAGGAUGUCUCUCUGUGUGUGUGUGUCUCCGCCUCUGCUGUCCUCCCUUGGCCAGAUGAUGCCCCCAGGUGUUCUGGCGGUAACGGUGCCUUCCAUUAGAUAGUUAUGAACUCACUGCUUGCCUUACUUGCGAAGUUUCUCUGGAGUCCAGAACGAGGCCUUCCAUGUGCCCUGCAGGUUGCCCUGGGGCUCCCCCCCCACUGAUUCCCCUCGCUGGUCCUGAGCACGGGGGCCCAUUGGCCUGGGUCAUGGUCCUCAGGCCAGUGCUCGGAUGGAGCCCCCCUCCCCUAAAGGCACAGCGGCGCAUCCUCUUGCUUCCCACAUGGCUCUUGGUUGAUGCUACCUCUUUUUAAGAUUGUUCUAGUGUUCUUGUUUUCCUGUGCUCAGGGUGCAGUUUAUGACUUUUAAGCUGCCUUGCGUGUUGUAAGGCAAACUGACAGGGUAUCUCGUGUUUUGUUUUGUUCUGAAUUUAGUGAGUGAGCGAGUGAGUGAGAUGGUGAGCAAGAGAGAGAGGGAAGCGAAACCCCCC